AAUAUGGGUCAUGGGCAAGGUUAAUGGAAUGAUUUUUUUGAAGUGGGUGUCGCAUUUUCCUUCAACUAUACCUUACAGUUAUUUGGGAGUAUUUGGUACCUUCCUUAAUUAUUUAGUGGAAAACCACCACAAAUGGGUAUGCUAUGGGUUCUGGGUAUCCUGGUUGAUUCACGUAGUAGAAGCCUUCUAUGGUGUUAAGAUGUGCCAAUCUAAAGGAAUCACUGACCCAGCAGUACAGUUUCAUUGGUUCCUUCAGACACUUUUAUUUGGGUAUGCUUCCUUCGGUCUUCUGGUGUCUUACAAGCCUGCAGCCAAGAAGCAGUACUAG